AUGCGAGAAGGCAUGUUGCACUCCAAAGCAACUCUAGGCAGCACCACAGCAGAUGUGCGGCGAUCAAGGCCCUCCAGGGAGUUUUCUGCAUCCCUGUGGCUUCUGCGCCUUCCGCAGCGCUCAAUGGAGGAUGCCAACACUGGAUUGGGCGGCUGGAGCGGGAGGACAGCGGGCGGGGUGACUGCGGGAGGAGGACAGCAGGUUCGGCGGCUGGAGCGGGAGGAUAGUGGGCCGGGUGGGGGCCACUGGAGGGGAUGGACAGCAGGUCGGGCGGCUGGAGGCGGGGAGGACAGCGGACCGGGUGGAGUCGUCUGGAGGGGAUGGACAGCGGGCCUGGAGGCUGGAUGGGGAGGACAGCAGGUCCGGCGGCUGGAGCGGGAGGAUGCUGGGCCUGGCGGCUGGAGAAGGAAGAUAGUGGGCCAGGUGGAGGCGGCUGGAGGGGAAGGGCAGCAGGCCUGGCGGUGGAUGGGGAUGGCAGCAGGUCGGACAGCUGGAGGGGGAGGGCAGCGGGCUGGGCGGCUGCGGGAGGAGGACAGCAGGUCCGACGGCUGGAGGGGGAGGACAGCGGGCUGGGCGGCUGCGGGAGGAGGACAGCAGGUCGCGGCUGGAGGGGGAGGACAGCGGACGGGGUGGAGUCGCCUGGAGGGGAUGGACAGCGGGCCUGGAGAGUCGACCUGCUGGCCAUCUCCCAGCGGGCUUCCAUGCUGUCAGCUCCCUCCUUACCUCUUCCUCAGCUCUCCUGUACUCAUCCCGUCCUGUGUUGAUAUCCCUGGAAAAGCCAGAAAAAUUUCUGCACCUAAUGAAUUUGAUGUAAUGUUUAAACUGGAAGUUCCCAGAAUUCAGCUAGAAGAAUAUUGUGAGAGUGGUGCACAUUACUUGGUGAAGUUCAAAAGAAAUCCAAGAGGAAAUCCUCUGACUCAAUUUUUAGAAGAUGAAAUAUUAUCGGCUUCCAAGAUGCUGUUGAAAUUUAGGAAAAUCAUUAUGGAAGAAAUUAAAAACAUCAAAGAUAUAGACAUUGUUGUGGAGAAGAAGAAAAGAGGAAGCCCUGCUGUAACGCUUCUUAUUGAGAAACCUGACAAAAUAUCUGUGGAUAUAGUCCUGGCUUUGGAAGCAAAAAGUAGCUGGCCUGCUAGCACCCAGAAAGGCCUUCCCAUCAGCGACUGGCUUGGAGUAAAAGUGAGGGACCAACUAAGGCGGCAGCCGUUUUACCUUGUUCCCAAGCCCGCGAAGGAUGAAAAUGGUUUUCAAGGGAAAACAUGGCGGCUGUCUUUCUCUCACAUUGAAAAGAACAUUUUGAGCAACCAUGGGAAAGAUAAGACAUGCUGUGAAAAUAACAACCCGAAAUGUUGCAGGAAAGAUUGUUUAAAACUCAUGAAAUACCUUUUAGAACAGCUGAAGAAAAAGUUUGAUAACCCCAAAGAACUGGAUAAAUUCUGUUCUUACCACGUGAAAACUGCCUUCUUUCAUGUCUGUACCCGUUACCCUCAAGACCACCAGUGGGAUCGCAGACAGCUGGAAUGCUGCUUUGACAACUGUGUGUCCUACUUUCUUCAAUGCCUCAGGACAGAAGAAUUGCUGCAUUAUUUUGUUCCGGGAGUCAAUCUAUUCUCGCGUGACCAGAUUUGCAAAACGCAUAAAGAAUUUCUGUCAAAAAAAAUUGAAUAUGAAAGAAACAACAGAUUUCCAGUUUUUGGUGAAUCUUGGGAUGGUGUUUUUAAAAAGAGUCAAGAAUUAGAAUGACUAUAACAAUUGGAAUGCUUGAAAUUUGUCAAGCAGUGAUCGGCUAAAAUGAAUGUAAAUAUCCAGUUCCCUGUUUGGUGUAUUGAACGCUAAUCAAUGUAAAGGAUCGACUAUCUGAGAAAAGAGAUUAGUCAAGGAGUAAGAAACAAAAGGAGUAUUUAAAAUCUAAA